CAGCAGCGGCAGCAGCAGCGGCGGCAGCAGCAGCAGCAGCAGCAGCGGCAGCAGCGGCAGCAGAAUGGAGCCCGCGGUCCUGCGCGUCCUGGUGCCGCUGCUCGGCUGCCUCCUCUCCGCGGCAUCCAGCACACGUCCGGAGUGCAGCAUCAUGCAGGAGAUUGAAGAAGAGCGCGACCAGUGCUUGGCAGAACUGCCCGGGGAUAACCAAACUUCAGGUUGCAGAAGGCAAUGGGACAACAUUACAUGCUGGCCCAAAGCAGAGGUGGGAGAAGUUGUGGUGAGGCCAUGUCCAAAGUAUCUCAGAUUCCUCACCAAUUUCCUCGGGAAUGUGACCAGGAAUUGUACAAGCCAAGGCUGGACAGAUGUGUACCCUGCACCAUAUGCCCUAGCUUGUGGAUAUGAUUCCAACAGCACUCCAGAGGAAGAGCAAACAACAUUCUAUGGCACAGUCAAGACUGGCUACACCAUUGGAUAUACCUUAUCGCUCAUUGCUCUCACAGCUGCUAUGAUUAUUUUAUGUCUCUUCAGAAAACUACACUGUACUCGAAAUUAUAUUCACAUGCACCUCUUCAUGUCCUUCAUAAUGAGAGCCAUCGCAGUCUUCAUAAAAGAUGUCAUCCUUUUUGAGAGUGGAGAAUCUGAACACUGCUUUGUGAGCUCAAUUGGCUGCAAAGCUAUGAUGGUUUUCUUUCAGUACUGCGUUAUGGCCAACUUCUUCUGGCUGCUUGUGGAAGGCUUGUAUCUUCACACCCUGUUGGUCAUCUCCUUCUUUUCAGAGAGAAAAUACUUUUGGUGGUACAUCUUGAUUGGCUGGGGUGCCCCUUCUGUGUUCAUCACCGCAUGGACUGUUGUCAGGAUUUACUAUUUCGAUGUUGGGUGCUGGGAAGAAAUAAUGGAAUCUCCAUUCUGGUGGAUCAUUAAAACACCUAUUUUGGUGUCUAUUUUGGUGAACUUCAUUCUCUUCAUUUGCAUUAUCCGUAUCCUAGUCCAGAAGUUGCAUUCCCCGGAUGUUGGGCACAAUGAAACCAGCCAGUAUUUGAGACUGGCCAAGUCCACCUUGCUGCUGAUCCCGCUCUUUGGCAUUCAUUACAUCAUGUUUGCUUUCUUCCCUGACAAUUUCAAAGCAGAAGUUAAGCUUGUCUUUGAACUCGUGGUUGGGUCAUUCCAGGGAUUUGUGGUGGCUGUCCUGUACUGUUUCCUCAAUGGGGAGGUCCAAGCUGAGCUCAAGAGAAAGUGGCGGAGGUGGCAUCUGGAACGGUUCCUGGGUUCAGAUAUGAAGUAUCACCACCCUUCCUUGGGCAGCAAUGGCACCAACUUCAGCACCCAGAUCUCUAUGCUGACCAAGUGCUCACCAAAGACACGCCGGUGCUCUAGCUUCCAGGCUGAAUUCUCUCUGGUGUGAUGGGGAGAGACUUUCUGAGCACCAAGCAUCCGAGAGAGAAAGAGAGGGAGAGGGAUCCCUGAGAAUCAGUGAUAUGAUGACAAAUCCGUGUCAAAUGAAGUGCUCCACAUGAGCCAACAGAGGACACAAAAAUGGAAAAGCCACUGGCAUCCAGACCAAGAUCAGACAAACCAAGAGGCAGAGAAAUUUUCUUCUCCCUCUUUUCAGACCUCUCACUCUAUGUUGAUGACCUCAGGGGUUGAUAACUAUGAGUAAACGUCCUAGUCACUUGAGGAGAGCCUAGAAGGUCAUGUUGUGUCAUAAAUAAUGAAGUAAGGAGGGCAAAGGGAGCCUGAGUCCUUGACGGCUUUACCAGAACCAGCGUCUCCGAAACAGAUAAAUUGCACUUUUUUUCAAAUGAGCCAGUAAAAGACAGAGGGAAGCAAGAAGUGGGGAAAAAAAUGCCAAAUGUAUGAAUAUGUAUCACAGAGAUAGAGUCGGGGACAGCAGGGAGCAGGAACAGAAAAAACAAGCGGGAAGGGGGGGGACGAGCACAUGGCCCCUGGCCCCUUUUUACAUUUGCAAAGAAGAAGCUACAGCACCAGGAAGGUGGAUCAGAGGAUAUCCCAACAUUGAGAUAGUCUUCUGCUAAUCGCCUGCCGUCCAUCCUAUCCUCGUUAGCAAAAGCUUUCCAAGCGCCUUGGGUAUUCCUCUUGAAAAGCAGCUUGCUGAGAAGCAACAGCGCGAGUGCCCUUCUCUGCACUAUAUUCAUGACAUUGAAUUUUAUUUGGUUGGUUUCGUUGAACAGGAAGCUCUCAAUUUGCCUGUAUAAAAUCCAGGUACAGAUGACCAAAAGCAGAGCACGGCUGUGUUUUUCAUUUUGUUUAAAUUCACCUAUAGAUCUUGGUGCAUUACCUUACCCAGGAUCAUUAGGGAUCAGGGGAAAACAAUUGGUCUGUAAUUUGUUUGCACUUGCUUAACACAUACUGCCGGGAAAGGGAGAUACAGAACCCUGUAAUCCUUAAUUGAAUCAGACCCACCAUAAGGAGCCACUCUCCAGAUGAAAAAAUUAGCUUCACAGCAGCAAGUAAAAUUGCUUUCAUCAAAACAAGGUUGGCUCAGCACGUAACUGGCACUCCAGGAGUCAGGAAGGAGUGAAGGAGCUAUCAAAUUGAUUUCUGCUUCAGCUUUUUCAGGGAGUUUUCAUCCUAUGAUGAAGGCACUGUUAGAUCUUUAAAAUGUGCAUGUGCAUCUUGCCUCUUUUCUAAAGGCUUAUGAGUUUCCAUAUUGGGGCAAUCCCUAUUGGAAGCAUGUACAUAGAUGUUGUUAAGACCAAGGGAAUCUUUCUUUUUCUUUUCUUUUCUUGGCAGAGGGGAGAAGGAGUGAGGUAAGGCUGAAUUCUGCUCACAAGAGCCAGGCUGGCAGCUGGGGAGAUCAAAGUCACCUGCUUGCGGCACUGCAUAGACUUAAAGACUCUGCCUUUGGCACAAUCCCCGCAAUCCCAAGCCCAGACAGAAGAUAGAGAACACUAGGAUGCUUGUGGUUUUUUUAUACAUAUGUGUCCUGCCCAAUUGGCUUGAGUGGGGCUACACCGUUUUUUCACCAAAGGGUGUGAAAUCACUGCCCAGCCCAGGUAUACGCUUAAUAAUAGGGCUGCUGCCAUCCUACUAUAACCUAUAUGAGCAGCGUCUGGAUUGUCAAAGUAAUGUGUGUGCAUGGAAAGGAAGCUAGAUUCCUCUUUCAGAUUUUAGAGGUCUCAACUUGUCCACCAGGUACUUCCAGCACGAAGACAGUUUCUUUCAAAAUGAAGGGCAACUUAUUGAAGGGAAAGACCUUUAACUUGGUAGGUUUGGGGUUUAUUCUUCAUUUUCUUUCUGUUUGUUUGUUUUCAGCGUCUGUGUUUUUCUACCAACAAAUCACACAAAGCCCAGGAAAGCUGCAAAAAACUGGGUAUUAAGUUUCUUUCUCAUUUCUGGGGGCUGUUGUACCAAGCCAUAUCCCACCCUGGAGUUACACUUGCUACUAUUUGAGCUACACAUUGCCAAAGUAUUUUCUCCACGUGUAUGGACUGAG